AUGACUGAGCCUGCUGCUCUGCAGCACAGGAGCUGUCAGGUUUGUCCCGAUCCCAAAAUUUCUACUCUACUAGCUUCAACUGGAGUGUCUGUCUUGUUCCCUUGUGCGGCUGCCUUACAAGCACUGAAGAGAAAAAAGAGAUACGAGAAACAGUUGAGUCAAAUUGAUGGGACGCUUUCGACCAUUGAGUUCCAGAGAGAGGCAUUGGAAAAUUCCCACACCAACACAGAAGUGCUCAAGAAUAUGGGUUAUGCUGCACAAGCCAUGAAAAAAGUACAUGAAAAUAUGGACUUGAACAAAAUUGAUGAUUUGAUGCAGGAUAUCACUGAACAGCAAGAUGUUGCCCAGGAAAUUUCAGACGCUAUUUCAAACCGAGCCGGCUUUGGUGAUGAGUUUGAUGAGGAUGAGUUGAUGGCAGAACUAGAAGAACUGGAGCAAGAAGAAUUGAACAAGGGAAUGAGAGAUGUCAGGUUGCCAAGUGUUCCGUCCACAUCGCUGCCUUCUCGCCCUGCAUCGACCAGGAAGAGAGCAGAGGAUGAAGAUGAAAUGAAGCAGCUGGCUGCCUGGGCUUCAUAAGAGCAUGGUCUUUUUAUAACACUGAACAUUAGAGCUGUAAUGCUGUUUUAUAACCAUACCGAUUUAGUGUGGUUGCAUUUUGUACAGGCUGGGGUUUUUUUAUGGCCAAUCUUGCUAAGAAUAGUGUUACUGCUGUAUUACAAAACUAGUUUAAAAACAAACAAACAAAAAAUGCAAUAGUUGCCAAAACCUGCAAGCAUCAAAGUUUUUUUUCAGCCUUGACCCAAGAUUUGUUUUGUUAUUAGUAGCAGUUUUUAUUAGGUAAUGCCUUACCAUAUCUUGCUCGUUUGUAAAACCUGUGUGUCUCACUUAUGCACACUGCUGGAUUCAUUGUUGAAAUGAAGAAGUUCAAUAAGUCAUCAAGGCCCCAUCCUAGAGGGUUGCUUCGUUCAGACUAUUUGAAUUAUUAGCAAAACAGCUUUAUACAUGUCCUGACUUGCAAGUUCCUUUUAGUCCAAGAGCUAGUAGCCAUUCACUUGGGCAUGGAGAUUUAAACAGUCUGCCUGGAGCAACUUCUGGUGCCCUAGAUAUGAAAGGUAGACUCUGAAGUUGGAUAGGUUUUUUAUUUGUUUGUUUUGUUUUAAACUUUGGCCAGAAUAUCCCAUGCAUGUCUAUAGGUCAACUUGAAUCAUAUUUUGAACUGUUUCCAACUCUGUUCAAGAACAGUCUUAUAGUGAUUUUACAGGGGAAAAUGAAAUGUCCAAGUUCUUAUAGAUCCCUGACAAACAAACUGAUUUCUGUUAACCCUGUCACAAAUCCAGAAGAGAUUUGACUUUCCUGGGGUGUUUUCCUCCACUGUGUCUUUCUAGGGUGAGUCUUUACUUUGUGUGAUAAUACCCAUCCUCAAAGGAAUUAAUUGUACAAUUUCAAAAUAAUUUUAAUUUCUGAACAUUUGGUUCUUUUCUCUUGUUCAGUUUCUGAACAGAAAUAAUGUCAGUGUGUUGUAUUUGAAAUGCCUUUCUAACCCUGGUUAAAAGCUGAUUCUGAAUUACUUGUCAAGUUGACAUGUUACUGUCCGACUGACAGCUUUUUACCUUAAGGAACAGAUGCCACUCUGGGUGCUAAACUACUACAUAGAUAGAGAAAUUACUGUUCAAAUACAAACCAAAAAUUAAAUAGGCUGCUUUGUACUAACGCAUUUUAUUAAACAAGACUUAAGGUCUAUGCUAGUAGCCUGCUGUCAGUCACAAGGAAAUAGUGAAACACUGGAGUUCCUAGGGAUGUGGGAAGCAGAGUCACAUUGAUCUAGAUUUUUUAUUUUCGAAUUAAUUUAAAUUUACUGAUGAUUGAACCACUUGGGGAAUAGUGGGAGACUUGGUUUCUAUAGAUCUAUAGAGGCAGAAGACUGACCCCUUCUCCUGUGGGCUUUAGCCUGUGAUUUGCUGGGUGUUUGGCUUCUAUAGGCUACAAUACGCUUCAGCUUAUUGAAUUUUAGGCUAAGCGUAAGCUAAUGCAUGUUUCUGGACAUGGCGUGCUCAGAACCUUUCAAGUUGAAUUCCAUGGAUGAAGCCCAAAAUUUACAAACCCUCUGGAGAGAUUCAGUUUUUCAGGACUUCUUCAUUCUCUGUAGUGGGAUUUCUUUUGGAUUGCAUCCAUUGGAAAGGAAAAUCAAGCCUUGCCACUUCACUUUGGAUAAAUUUCCUACUGGAAAAAACUGUGUGUUAAUUGCGUCCCAGAGUUUGGAGGUACCAGGAAAAUUGUCCCUUUCUGUUGA